AUGUCUGUGAGGCACGGCGUGGCGGCGGGGAUGGUGCCCGGGGCCCUGCGUGUUGGGGACAUGGUGACCAUCCUGACGCAGCGCCCGGGCGAGAGCGACGCUCACUGGACCCUGGGCAGCUUGGAGUCCGCCCCGUACCUGCACGACGUCGAGGUUAGGCUCUGGGAGAAGCAGCAGGAGGGGGAGGAGGGGCACGAGCACCUUGACGAAAUGGAAUCGGCGGAGGAGCGUGAGCUGGUGGCGCGCAACCAAAAGGUGAGAGACGAGAUGAAGCGCAGCAUGCGGCAGGCGGCGGAACUUACAGACAAGCUACGGGAACGGCGAAAAAGUAUCAUGGAGGCCAUAGGCGAGGCCGACACCCACGUCUUUCAAUCGCGUGCCGCUAUCCACGCUGCCCGCACCGACGUCAGGGACAUCUCGCACUGUCACUGGCAUGAGCUGAAGUCGUACCGGAGUCCUGCAAAGAUGGUGUUGACUAUUCUCCGCGCCGUCAUGCUGCUUCUGUCGGAGGACAGUGCCAAAGACUGGCCGCAGAUGCAGCGUGUCCUGCGGGACCCACACUUCAAGACGCGGAUUCUUGAAUACGAUCCCGAUAUAGAACUUUCGAGGGAACGCAGCGAUUACAUCCUACGCGAGUGUGUACGAAGGAAAAGUUUUCGCUACGACCGUGCGGUCAAAGGUAGCCAGGCAAUGGGUCCCAUCUACUACUGGGUGUUGGCACAACUGGACAGCAGUGAAGCCACUGUGAAGCAACACCAACUAGAAAAAAGAAAAAAGGCCUCGCAGCAGGAGCUUCGAGAGGUACUACGAGAAAUUAACGAGCAGCAGCUCCGCAUGGCUGAAUAUCAGGCCCUCAUGGACAAGGCGGAGGAGCAGUUGCAAGCCUACAGAGCGGAGCGGCAACGGCGCUCCUCACUCCUCCAAAGUUCUGGGAGUAAGCUUUGCCCGCGGGAAACGGCGGACCGACGCUACCAAGACAGUUUCGCUGGCGCUGAAAAGAAGGAAUACCUGCGUGCCGCCUUCUACAACUGGAAACCCACGACCUACUGUGUGAUGAUACUGCGCAAGAGGAUCCUCGUAGAUUUUGGCACCGUGACGCAGGAACAGUGGGCGCAGCACAGCUACUCCCUGGAGGAGCCGCAGAUACGACUCCUAGACGACGCCCUGCAACGUCACCAGCGGGAGGUGAAAUCGCUCUCAGAGGACGAGGCUGAGAGGCAGCGACGUGAGCAGCAGGAGAACGAGGAAAUUGAAGCGGGCUUGUUCCACGCAAUGACAGAAACCAAUGCUGAAGCGGCCGCGGUGUCAGUAGCGCUGCUUGAACGAACGUUCGACGGCGAAGCAUGGAAGAGCAUCCUGCACAACAAGCGACUUGCCAUCGUUGAGGCCUUCUGCACCGAUACAGCAGAGGCGCUGCAAAUAUCGAAGUGCGACGUGUCCGUCACCCAGUUGGCGUGUCCACCGUCAACCAGCCAAAUGGUGGUGGACGCCGAAGUCCGCCACGACGGCUCACAGUCGCGGAAGGCCCUUUUGGCGAUAAUCAAUGCGUUUUCAUACCCGAAACUCCAAGCGCUAUACAGCGACGCCACUGUCAGCUUUGCAAAGCUACACAUGCGGUUCGACGGUAAGAAAUGGAAGACGAUCCUCGCCGAGAACAAGGAGGAGGUAGAGCAGGCAUUUCAAAGCGACACAGCAGUGGCACUAGCAAUACCUCAGACAAGCGUUGAGGUACAGAAUACAACGGCAACUGAGGAUGCACUACUAUUCGACUACACCGUGUAUAUCAACAAACAACAUACCAAAGAAGCCCAAAGAACAGUAGAGAACUACAACUACCCGGCAACAUGGGAUGUAUAUAGACAAUUACAAAGUUCUGCAAUAAGCGACAACAACAUAUGGACAAAAAGACACAUCGAAAUCGAGGGCGAGGACUGGGGCCACGUGGUGGAAACGAGGGGGGAGGAUGUGCGGCGUGCGUUUGUGAGGGAGACGGCCGCGGCGGUUGGGGUGGAGGAGGGCCGGGUGCGGAGUGUGGUGCUGAGGCCCGGGGAUGAUGGCCUGCUUGUCGACUUUGAGCUGAACCACCCGGCAUCGCUGGCGGAGGCCGCUGUGGAUGCGCGGCUGCGGGGGUGCGCGUACGCGGCGCUGUGGGCGCUGUACGAGCCGCGGCCCCGCCUCGAGGAGGAGAAGGUAGUGACCACGCACGAGCUGGGCUUUGAGGGCGAGGACUGGGACUACGUGCUGGAGCAGCGGGGCGUGGAGGUGAGGGAGGCGGCGGCGAUCGAGACGGCGCGGGCGCUUGGAGUGGAGCGCGAGGACGUGGUGGAGGUGGAGCUGGACGUUGUGCCGCAGAACCUCGUUGUGUUUGUCACGGUGCGCCACUCGUCACGGCUGAGCGAGGGCGAGGUGGACGGGCUGCUG